AAAGCAUCAUUUGAUAUAAAAAUAAAAGACACGUGUAAGCUUUGUCCACAUAUCUUUAUUUUAUUGAUACAUAACACCACAUGACGUUGUACUCAUGUUAUGUAAGCUGUUCUCAUUCCUUCGCUCAUCUCCUAUCUAUAUUAUUCACCGCUAGCGUUUGCAUAACUAGUAACAUACACUCUCACUCUAUCUCCCAACCUCCCUCCCUCCCUCCUACUAAUUAGUGACCAAUUAUAUAUCAUGAACAUGAAAAGCCGCAGCGCUACUAAGGAGAAGAUGAAGAAGAAGAUGAUGAUGAGAGGGUUCAUGUGCCAGUCUCAGGUAGCAACUGCGGUGUGUAUGACUGAUGCUCGCUCCGUUAUUGUGCCGCCGACAAGACCAGCUGCAGCUACCACUGUCCGCCACAAUCACAAUGCUGGACAUGGGCAUUACAUGAUGAUGAGAAGAUCAACUAGUACUAAUAAUCCUGGUGAUGGCGGCGGCGGUGGUCAAUACUACUACUCCAGGCUCCUCAGCACUCCUCCUCCUCCAGCUCAUGUCCAUGAGACGUCCUACUCUCACAGUCGCAGGCGAAGCACUACCACUAGCAGUAUUCAUAACCACCAUGAUCAGCAGCCAAUGUCAAAGUCGAUCGGAAAACUACCAUCAUCUGAUCCAGAUUUACUAUCACCGUCGCCAUCCGCGGACAAUGUUUUCCAGGUGGUAGUUAUGAGAGUUUCCAUUCAUUGCCAAGGAUGUGCUGGUAAACUGAAGAAACAUCUCUCUAAGAUGGAAGGGGUUACAUCUUUCAGUAUUGACCUAGAGACAAAGAUGGUAACUGUUAGGGGGCACGUUUCAGCAGUUGGAGUCGUGGAGAGCAUUUCAAAAGUGAAGAAGGCAGAUUCCACUGUUGAUCUUGAAAAGAACGUGAAGUUAAAUAGUGGAGUAAUUGGUAGCCAGCUCGAUUGUAGAAGUGGGGUGUCUGGUCUUGGUAUAAUGAGUAAGCGUAUCAAAGACGAUGAGGCGGACAUCAGAGGCGGACAUUCAUCGAACCAACAAACUAAUUCAGCUGAGGGAGUGUUGCCGCAGCAGCAGCAGGCAUAUCAAGUUCAUAAGGUUGGACAGCCUGCCAAGCCACAACUUUUUAAGGAAUUCAGUGCCAUCAUGAAGGAAACAUUCUUUUCGGAUGAGCCCUUGCGUGCUUUCAAAGACCAAACAAAGAGGAGGAAGUUGGUUCUCGGUCUUCAAGCUCUCUUCCCGAUAUUUGGGUGGGUGAGGGAUUACAACCUUUCUAAACUCAGAGGAGACGUCAUCGCUGGACUUACCAUUGCAAGCCUCUGUAUUCCUCAGGAUCUUGGAUAUGCAAAGCUUGCCAAUCUGCCCAGUGAGAACGGCUUAUACAGUAGUUUCGUACCGCCGCUUAUUUAUGCGUUCAUGGGUAGCUCAAGGGACAUUGCGAUUGGACCGGUGGCCGUGGUGUCUCUGUUGCUUGGGAGUUUGGUGCAGAAUGAGGUUGAUUAUAAGACGGAUGCAGAUGACUAUCUGCGCCUAAUGUUAACUGCUACAUUCUUUGCCGGAGUCACACAACUUACUUUAGGAUUUCUCAGGUUGGGAUUCUUGAUUGAUUUUCUAUCUCAUGCUUCCAUUGUUGGAUUUAUGGGUGGAGCUGCCAUUACCAUUUCCCUUCAGCAGCUUAAAGGGUUACUUGGCAUCAAGAUAUUUACCAAGAAACCUGACAUUGCUUCCGUUAUGCGUUCAGUAUUUUCUGCAGUACAUCAUGGGUGGAACUGGCAAACUAUACUAAUAGGAAUCUCCUUCUUGGUUUUUCUUCUCUUGACGAAGUACAUCGGAAAAAAGAACAAGAAACUAUUUUGGGUGCCUGCAAUUGCACCUUUGAUCUCAGUUAUCCUGUCUACCUUUUUUGUUUAUAUCACCCGCGCAGAUAAGAAAGGUGUUGCAAUUGUGUCUAAAAUAAGGCCCGGCAUAAACCCAUCUUCCGCUCAUUUAAUUUAUUUCACUGGAGAGAAUGUUAUGAAGGGCUUCAGGAUCGGUUCUGUAGCUGGUAUGGUAGCAUUGACGGAAGGUGUGGCAAUCGCGAGAACGUUUGCUGGGAUUAAGGACUAUGAGGUUGAUGGAAACAAAGAAAUGGUGGCAAUGGGAACCAUGAACAUUAUUGGUUCAUUCACAUCCUGCUAUGUUGCCACCGGCUCCUUUUCUCGCUCAGCUGUCAAUUACAUGGCCGGCUGCCACACAGCGGUCUCAAACAUCGUCAUGUCUUUGGUGGUCCUCCUCACGUUGGAACUCAUCACACCCAUUUUCAAGUACACCCCCAACGCCAUUCUUGCGUCCAUCAUUAUUUCAGCUGUGCUGGGACUGAUCGAUUUUGAGGCCAUGAAACUCAUUUGGAAGAUUGACAAAUUCGACUUUGUUGCUUGCAUGGGAGCCUUCUUCGGUGUUGUUUUCAUUUCCGUUGAGAUUGGCCUGUUGAUUGCCGUCUCCAUUUCAUUUGCCAAAAUCCUCUUGCAAGUCACAAGACCAAGAACCACGCUGCUAGGAAAGCUCCCCAGGACUAAUGUGUACAGAAACAUCCAGCAGUAUCCCCAUGCCACACAGAUUCCCGGGAUUCUCAUUGUUAGAGUUGACUCUGCAAUUUACUUCUCCAACUCCAACUAUAUUAAAGAGAGGAUUUUGAGAUGGGUGACUGACGAAGAAGAACAACUAAAGGAAAAGAGUCUACCCAAAAUCGAGUACUUGAUUGUAGAAAUGUCGCCUGUCACUGACAUAGACACAAGUGGAAUUCAUGCCUUGGAAGAGCUCUACAGGAGUCUUCAGAAGAGAAAGAUUUCAGCUUGCUUAGCAAAUCCUGGCACAGUAGUCAUUGACAAGAUUCAUGCAUCGGAGUUUGUCGAUUUGAUUGGAAAGGGCAAGAUUUUUCUUUCAGUUGCAGAUGCCAUUCUUACAUUUGCCCCCCAUCAUGAAGAACCUUGAUUUACUCCAACAAACAAGACAGGGUUAUCCAAGAACUAUAUUUUUCGUUUCCUUCUCCUCCUCCCUUUUCUGUCUAAAGUAAGAUGGCUAGGGGUCACUUUCUUUUUCUUCUCUUUUUGUAUGCUGUAUUCAUCUCUUUUUUUUUGGGUCAUCUUCCGAUCUUCGCACACAAUGUGUGUGCAGUCUGUCUCAGUUUUUUCUUGUUCUUUUUCCUUGUGAAUUCAGUUUUCUUGUAGUUUUUUUUUCUUCUGCGGCAGCACUUAUAUAUGCUGAGCAAUUUAAAUGACAAGGAGUCCAAAAGGCCUGCUAACGGCUGCGGUUUCCA